ACACAAAUCACCAAACAACUUCAUUUUAAUCUCUACUUCAUAACAGUCUCUCCAAAUCCUUCUCUCUCUAAACCAUCUUUUUCUCUCACUUCUUUUUGUGAACCCAAAUGGCUCCUAAUCUUGUUAAUGGUACCACUAUGACCACUACUCUGUCCAAGGCUGCCAGCAUAUCGAGCCGAGCCUACGUUACGUUCUUGGCCGGUAACGGCGACUACGUGAAGGGUGUGGUUGGUCUGGCCAAGGGACUCAGGAAGGUCAACACUGCCUACCCACUAGUGGUGGCAGUUUUGCCUGAUGUCCCGGAGGAGCACCGCCGCAUACUGGUGUCUCAGGGCUGCAUCGUUCGGGAAAUUGAGCCGGUGUACCCGCCGGAGAAUAGCACCGAAUUCGCCAUGGCCUAUUAUGUCAUCAACUACUCCAAGCUUCGCAUUUGGGAGUUUGUGGAGUACAGUAAGAUGAUAUACUUGGAUGGAGACAUACAAGUGUUUGAGAACAUUGACCACCUCUUUGAUCUACCAAAUGACUAUUUCUACGCUGUGAUGGACUGCUUCUGUGAGAAAACUUGGAGUCACACCACACAGUACAAGUAUAGGUACUGUCAACAGUGCCCUAACAAGGUCCAAUGGGCUUCAGAGUGGGGCCCAAAGCCUCCUCUCUACUUCAACGCAGGCUUUUUUGUGUAUGAGCCCAGCCUUUCCACCUACGAUGAUCUCUUGAAGGCCCUCAAAGUUGCAGUUCCUACCUCUUUUGCGGAGCAGGACUUCUUGAACGUGUUCUUUAGGGACAAGUAUAGACCCAUCUCUUCGGAGUACAACCUAGUUUUGGCUAUGCUGUGGCGUCACCCAGAGAACAUUGACCUCAACAAUGUGAAAGUUGUUCACUAUUGUGCUGCAGGUUCAAAGCCAUGGAGGCACACUGGGAAAGAAGAGAACAUGGAAAGGGAAGACAUUAACAUGCUAGUGAAGAAGUGGCGGGAUAUAUAUGAUGACGAGACUUUGGAUUACAAGCCUAGUCAAACCGCUGGUGGUGCCGGUGAAUUGAUGGCGGCUCUGUCCAAAGCCGACGUUUUCCACCAUGUCACAGCCCCAUCUGCAGCUUAAUUUAUUCGUGGGAAAAAAUGCUUUUAAGUCGAAUUCGCGCGUCUCGAACCGAUAGACACCAAUUCCACUCAAAAAGCAAGGAAUUUUAGUUACAAGGUCCUUAUUGUAAUUAGAAGGAUUUAUAAAUUUUUUUUGGUUUUGAUAGGGUGGUGUUUUGUUGGGCAUGUCAGACAUUUCUUAUAUAUUAAGAAAUGAAUAGAUUUGGAUUGGUUAGAAAUGUUAAAUCCAUUUUUCUUUAUAUA